UAUACUUUUACUAUUAUCAUUAUUGUUGUUGAAAUAAUAAAUACCAUCUGUGUACAUUACCACAAUAAUAUAUACGCGCACAGUGAACUCGCGCGCACGCACGCACGUACGCACGGUCCUCCAUCGACGGCGAUAUUGUGAAAUAUCUCGUACAGUGUUAAUUAGUCGACAUUACGCUAUACGCGUCGCGUACUUCGGUGGCGAGGAAGCGUCGAGACGGCAACGCGUCCGUUAACGAUAACGUACGUGUAUUUACGCGCGCAUGUAGUCGCCACGGCGUCGGACGAUCGGCGUACCGCGUAACACUAUUAUAAAUCGAUAAAGUGUCGUGUAUUUGGGUUUCUGUGUUCUCUUGUCGGCGGUUUUCGUGCGGUCUUCUGCAUUUUUAUUUUUUUCGCUCUCGUCGAUAUCGUCUCAUCACGACGCGGCCCGGUGACAGUAAUAUGCGAUUGUUAUUGUACUGCGCCCACGGCGUUCAGCGUUCGGGAAACGGUUGUCGACGAAAUGCGUAAACGACGGACCCGGCGCGAACGAGGAGACGAAGACGACGACGACGAGGAGGAGGAAGAAGAAGAAGGUAAAGACGACGAACACCGCUGUCGCCGCCAAGAAUACGUAUGACGACGGUCUCAUUGUCGACGACGUGUGUAGUUGUCUGUUUGCUUGGCCAGACGUUUCUGUCGCUGUCUGUCCCGCGAGCAGGUCGUCGUUAGAGCACCGUAGUUAACCACUCUAUCGAAACCUUUAGAAAACCACCCACUUCAACAACUGCUCCACGAGCCACUGACGAUACUUCUCCGACACUACAGCUAUUUAUUUCUGUACGAGUACAUACGAUUAAUUAUUGCCAAGAAACAUCGCUUAAAAAAGGUAUAUAUCAUAUUAUGAAAUGAAUAAAAUGGAGGACAGAAAAAGGACAAUUCUUUCUUCCGGCAAUUCUAAUACAUCAUUAACUCCUGUUAAACUUCAAAAACUUAAAGAAAAUGAUAAGAUAACUAAUGAAAAUGAUAAUAUUUGGAGCAUUUCAAAAGUAACUAGAGGAGCUAAUGCAAAGAGUUCAGGUUCAAAAACAGUAAUGAAACAUGCUUUACGGCAACAAGCUAAACGGAGACGCAAAAACACUACUAUUGCAGCUGGAAAUGUUGCUCCUGUUCCAAGAAUUAUACUUCCCUCCAAUCAGAUAAACACUAUUGAAGACGAAUCUAGAGUACCUACAAUGAUAGAAGUUUUAUCAUCUAUUCCUGGAUUUAGUUUGGUAAAACCACGUAAACGUCCUGGAUCUAAACGAUUGUCAGCUGCUGCUCAAUUGCAACAAGCAAAGGCUGAAGGUUGUGUUGAUUUAGAAACACCAGAUUCUGUUCUUGCACAAGUCAAUUUAAGAUCACUUUUGAAUAAACAAACUUUUUCAAUGCUCCCUCGUCUUUAUCAACAUAAACUUAUUCAAUUGUUACCACAUGUUGAUCGAGAAAGUUUAAAUGAUACUCAAUCUGAUUUUAGGCCAUUAUUAAACUCAUCUGUUUUAAAUAAUGAGUUCUUUGCUCAAGCUUGUCUUGAAUGGACUGAUAGAUUAUCAGAAGGAGAAUUUACACCUGAAAAUCAACAAAAAAUGAAAAUGGACAUUGAUCGUGAAAAAAGCAAACUAGAUCCAUUCAAACUUAAGUAUUUUGAACCCAUAUGGGGUGAAAAUAGACUUUCAAGUUCAAAUGCUGCUGUUUCUGACUGGCGUAAUCCUAAGCAUAAAAAAACCGAAACUAUCACUGUUCCAGUAAACACACCACCAGCUGUUACAGUUACCAAGGAUGUAACAAUAAAUACGAUUACAACAACAAAAGAGACAACAACAACAACAACGACAACAACUACAAUUACAACAACAACAGCAACAACAACAAUACCAACUACAUGUUCAUCAUCUGAUGACAUUAAAAGUGAAGAUAAAAAUUUAGAUUUACCAUGGGAUUCUGUUGAUUCCACGACUGAUUCUACCAUAAAACCAUUAGUAGAGGCUAUGGUUUUACCAAAAGAUGAAGACAUUGAAAUAGAUAUUCCACUGAAAGAUGAAUUUUUAAGUGAUGUUGGUAAAAUCGAUGAUGUUAAUUUAGAUGAAACAUCAGUGAUCAAAAACUGGUCUUCGUUAAUGAAUGAUGAUCUGGGCACAUUAAUUCCAGAAUAUGAUAGUGUUUCUACUUCAAAAGAAAAAGAACAAAGUGAAAGUGAAGUCCAAUUGGAGUUGGAAGUCACUUUAACUCCAAAAAUAGAGGAUGUUAACUCGACGACUAAUCAAAUUCCAUCAAACGAGCCAAAUGAUAGCAAUAUGAAUGUGGAUAUGAAUGUUAUACAAGAACUUCCAAAACCUAUUUCUCCACCUGUGGUAGUUCGAUUGCCUAGUGUUAUUCAACCUCUUGUUAUUACUUCUUCUAACAGUUCACCAUUACCCAGUACACCAUCUCUAUCAAUAUCUCCUUUACUUCAAUCUCCUCUAGAGUCUAAUAUUCCUAAUGAUUUUUCAUUUAUCAACACAAUAUCUAAUAUAUCAUCUGCAGCUCCUUCAGAUCGUCCAGUUCACCAUACUUAUGUGUCAUCAAUCAAAUCACAAGUGAGCUCAAGUAGUUGUACAACAAGUAGAACUAAUAGUAGAUCAACAUUAAAGCAACCACCUGGUGCUAUUAAUUUAGAAAGAAGUUACCAAAUAUGUCAAGCUGUUAUACAGAAUAGCCCUAAUCGUAAUCAACUUCGAUGUCAACUAAAACCUCCACCUUCAGUAUUAAUUGGCAAGAGUUCUUUUAUACGAAAUGGACCAAAACCAGUAAGAAACAUAAACAUCACAAACAGUUCACAACCUCUGGUUGUUAGACAUGUGUUUACAUCUUCUCGUGGCAUUCCAGUAACAAUGUCUGUUGGACCACCAUAUGCAUCUGAUCAACAGCAACUAACCGAAAAACAAAUGGGACAGUACCUGUUGGUUCAGAGGUCAGGUGGAAUAACAGGCAUACGCCGAUCAUCUAGUGCUCCUCCGACCAAUAACAAAAUAGCUCCAAUAUUAAAUGGUGGAAGACCAGCAAGUGUAGGUAUACAAGUAUCUACCUAUGGUCAGUCACAACAAACUACUAAUGAUUGCUCUUGUAGUCUUAAUGCUAUGGUAGUAUGUAAAAAAUGCGGGGCAUUUUGUCAUGACGAUUGCAUUGGUCCUUCUAAACUUUGUGUAACGUGUCUUAUUCGAUAA